ACCGAGAGAGGGGCGGAGACACGGGGUUUAUUUGCAUAGCGGCCCGGCGCGUGCGACGCGGGGAGGCGGCGUUGGCGCCCGGAGCGGGUUCCCAGUUUGAAUCCGCGGCGGCGGCCGCUGCUGGGGCGGGAGCUGCCGCGGAACCCGAGGGCGCAGAAAGGUAUGAAGGAGAGUAGUGCCGCACAUAUCUAGAAUUCCUUGGAGGGGAAGAAACCAAGCACAAAAAUCACUGCUGUUUGAUACGUGAUCUUGGUAUGUGACAUUACUCUGAGAGAUUGACCUAUUCACACAAAUUUUUAAAUUUCUAACAACUUACAUCAAAAUUGCUGUGGAGGAUUUCAACUGAAAACUGCUUUUUAUGAACCACGACUUGAAAGGGCUAAGAUGGAUAGCACAGAGGAACCUCAGAGAAAAGUCUUUAAAGCACGAAAAACAAUGAGAGUAAGUGAUCGGCAGCAACUCGAAGCUGUCUAUAAGGUUAAAGAGGAGCUGUUGAAGACAACUGAAGUGAAACUGUUAAAUGGAAAACAUGAGAAUGGAGAUUCUGAUAUAAAUUCCCAUUUAAGCAAUACAGACUGUACAGAAGACAAGAAAGAAAUUAAUGGUAUGGUUGACUUGUGUGUUAACUCUGAAGAAAGAAGAGCAGCUUGUGAUGAAAUUAAUGAGACCAAAAGCCCUGAAAGUAGGGAAGAAAACAUAGUCAAUGACAUAGAAUCCAAACCUUUAAUGCUGUCUUCAGAAAAUAUUACUCCAGAGCAAGCUAAAGAUACUGACAUUGCAGUAAAAUGUGAGGCUGAAAAUGGAGUUGGUAGCAGUAAAGAUAACUUCCAUGAAGAAAAUAAUAAAAAAGAUCAUUUGGACCAAAGAAAGAAUGAUAUCCCAUUAGAAGGUGAAAGUAAAUCAAUUGGUGAUAUUAGUGACUCUUCUGAACAGAAGGGAGAAACAAAUGACUUACCUGUUAAUACCAGUUCAUCUGGUGAGGGAAGGAGGACUGAAGAUGUAAGUGUUGAAGAGACUGUUGGAGAAGCAGCCAUCUCUAGCAGUAUGGAAGCUGACCUGGAAAAACAAGAAGGCAGUGCAGAACUUCCAGAAACCACUGUUUCGAAGACAAUAGAUGAGCCAAGUGAAAGUAUCUUGGACAAUACUGACUGUAUGGAAACAGAUGACAUUAUUCCAAUUCUGGAAAAACUAGCCCCUGCUGAAGAUGAUCUGAGCUGUUUUGCUAAAAGUUCUCUGCUUCCAGGGGAUGACUCAGUCCCAGAUUUAGAAGAAAAAAUAGACAGUUGUUUGGGUUCACCAUCCAAGCAGGAAAGCAAUGAAAGUCUGCCAAAAGAGGCUUUCUUAGUACUGUCUGAUGAAGAGGAUCCCUGUGAUGAGAAGGAGGAACAUGUUGAAGGGAUACUACCAAACAAGUCAAGUCUUCCAGAAGAGGUGGAGGGGGAGAAAAAAAAGGAGUGUGAAGAUAAAGAGGAAGAGGCCCACAAAGAAGAAGAUAAACAAAUAGAAAAAAGAAUUCCUCAUGAGGAGUUGUAUCUAAUUGUUCCAGGUGAAGCAUCAAAAAGAAAGCGUUCCAAAUCUGAGGACAUGGACAAUGUUCAGUCUAAACAUCGUCGGUACAUGGGAGAAGAUUAUGAAGCAGAACUCCAAGUAAAAAUUACAGCCAGAAAGGAUGUUGACCUAAAAUUACAAAAGAUUAUCCAGAGACUGUUAGAAGAAAAACUUACCGCUUUACAGUGUGCGGUAUUUGACAAGACUCUGGCAGACUUGAAAAACCGAAUGGAGAAAGUAGAAUGCAACAAGAGGCAUAAAAAUGUGCUUACUGAAAUGCAGGCUAAAAUUGCAAGAUUGACAAAGCGGGUUGGAGCAGCCAAGGAGGACUUGAAGAAGAGACAGGAAAAUGUGGCAAAUGCACCUGUAUCUCCAGGGAAAGCAGCCCCUGACACUGCAAACGUGAACAAUGCCACGUAUCGAAAUGCUGGCACAGUGAGGCAAAUGCUGGAGUCAAAGAGGAAUGUAGGAGAGACCACACCAGCAACUUUUCAAGCUCCUGUGAAUCCAGUGCCUGCUUCGAGUCUUGCUGCUUCUCCAGCAGUUGUCAGUGGACAUCCUAAGCUUCAGACUCCAGUGUCCUCCACCAGCUCUUUGACAACAGCAGUGCUUCCCACAGCUAACACGGCUACGGUUGUAGGCACUAACCAAGUGCCCACUGGCAGCACUCAGUCAGUGUCUGUCUCACUGCAGUCUUUGCCCGUAAUCCUGCAUGUACCUGUGGCAGUAUCGUCCCAGACGCCGCUCCUGCAAAGCCACACAGGGACUUUGGUCUCUAACCAGCAGUCAGGCAACGUUGAAUUUAUAUCUGUACAAAACUCAUCUACAGUUGGUAGCCUUACCAAAACUACAGUGUCUUUGGCAUCAACUAACACAACUAAACCAAAUAACAUCCCACAUGUGCCCAGUCCUGGCAUUCAGAGGAACCCUACACCCAGUGCUGGGUCAAUAAGCACAACAUUGGCAGUACAGGCUGUUCCUACUACUCAUCCUGUUGCUCAGACCACAAGGACUUCUUUGCCCACAGUGGGUACUCCAGGACUUUAUAAUGCAGCCACCAGUCGACCGCCCCUACAGAUGAAGAUUCCUCUCACUGCGUUUAAUAGUACAGCUCCUACUGAACCACCCACCAUUGCAGCACCCAAGAUUGAAAACCAGACCAACAGGCCAUCAACAGAUACUUCAGCAAACAAGCGACCUGCUGAGGGAACAACACAGCAGUUGAAACAGGAAGAGACCUCAUCAGAAAAUAAAGACGCAGUAGAAGGAGCACAGACGAAUUUUAACUUCCCUGAGGAUGUCCUCUUUGGCUUGGAGGAAGAGGAAGAGGAUGCUAAGAGCAUCAAAAACACCCACAAGCAGACUGGCUGGGCAGCUAACCUAUUAAAACAGUGGCUGGCCAAAAAUGGCAAGGAUCCUAGCUUUGAAUUGGUCCCAAGCGGGAAGUUCACAGGAAGUGAAACAGGAGGUGUCAUUGAUCUUACACUGGAUGAAGAGGAUGACAGCUGUUCUCAAGAUGGCAAGAAGCAGAAGCAGAACCAGAGCCAGGCACCUGUGACAGGACUGAGCAUACCUACCCAGCCCUUGACUCGACCCCUGCAGCCUUUGCCACCUUUGCAGCCAAGCCCUGUGCAGCAGCCAGGUGUGACAACAAGUGGCCCUUCCCAGACCACCAUCCAUGUAUUACCCACAGCUUCGACAACAGUGAAUGUAACUCAUCGGCCUGUGGCUCCAGCUGUUCCCAAGCUUCCUAUCCCAAGAACCCCUGGUAAUCAUCAGGUGGUCUAUACCACUAUUCCUGCACCACCGGCUCAGAAUCCUGUAAGAGGAGCUGUCAUGACCAGCCCAGGGUUAAGGCCAGUCACCCCACAGACUGGAGGUGUGACCGUGAGAAUGCCUCAGACAACCUACGUGGUGAACAACGGGCUGGCUCUGGGCUCUGGAGCGCCUCAGCUCACGGUGCACCAUCGACCGCCACCAACGCACACUGAGCCACCACGCCCCAUACAUCCCGCCCCACUUCCAGAGGCACCACAGCCACCACGUCUGCCCCCUGAAGCUGCCAACACUUCUCCACCUCAAAAGCCACAGCUGAAGCUGGCCCGGGUACAGAGCCAGAAUGGGAUUGUGCUGUCAUGGAGUGUGAUGGAGGUGGACCGGAGCUGUGCCACUGUGGACAGUUACCACCUGUAUGCCUACCACGAGGACCCCAGUGCCACCAUGCCCUCGCAGUGGAAGAAGAUCGGGGAGGUGAAGGCGCUGCCGCUGCCCAUGGCGUGCACUCUGACACAGUUCGUGUCCGGCAGCAAAUACUACUUUGCAGUCCGGGCUAAGGAUAUCUAUGGACGCUUCGGACCCUUCUGUGACCCCCAGUCCACAGAUGUGAUCUCUUCCCAGAGCAGUUAAACUAGAGCUCUUUGGACCCUUUAAACCUGUCCUGCUAUCAAGAAUUACCCCAAUUUUGCGAGGAAUUGAUCCCAUGCAUGUAAUUCACCUUUAAAACCACUCUGUGGGAUUAUUUUAGACAGCUGUGUGAUACACUACAUGCAUUCAGAACCAAAAGAAAAAUAAAGUCUGAUCUGCAGCAAGAGAGCCUGUUUUUUCUAAGUAGUUCAUGUCAUUGGCCAUUUGAAAAUUUUUGUUUUCCUUCCAUGACAGGUGUUCUACCUAGGUACCUACUAUCCUUUAUCCAAGAGCAGCAUCCUGAAUGCCUGAGAUUCUGCUUCAAAGUGGAAACAAAAUAGUAAAUUGCAGUUUAUCUGAAGUAAAACAUACACAUCUGUGAUGUUUAUUGAGACAUCAACACAAGGGCAAGAAUGAUCUGCCUCUUGUCCCCCAGCAGUCUGUGAGCAGGCUGUGACAUGAAGGGUGAUACAAGGUCUUUUUUUGUACUGGUACAUUGAGUGAUCUGGUCUUACCUUGCAAACUGUAAUAAGCUCUCUGAGGGGAGGGAAGGGAAUGUGAGUCUGGCCAGGAACUCGUGUAAAUUUGGAGGUGCUGGGAAAAAAAAAUAAUAAAUCAUCCCACAAACCUCCUACCUCUUCUAAGUAAGAAUGCUCCUCUAUUUUCACUAUCCUCCCCUACUCACCCUGGGAGCAUUCCCUGAUCAGAUCUGAAACUGGAUUGUAAAGACUGCAUUCACACUUCUCUACUUCAGACUAUUUCUCUGCCCCUCCCCUCAUACAUCCAUCCCUAUUUUUUAGAUUUAUUUUGUGCCUUAAAGAAUAAUUUCAGAAAUAAAAUGUAGCCAGAUACCUUGUGCUGUUCUUUUAUUUGCUUGGAGUUAUUUUUCCCUUUACCCUUCUAGUCUUUUAUUAGUGCUUCUCAUUUUCCAGGCCUGCAGUAAUUACUAUUUCUGUAAAGACAAGAAAUUGUAACAUCUGCUGAUGGUGAAUUUGUUCUUACCUCCAGUAUCACUCAACCCUUUCCUUACUGUAAUUCUUGAGUAGUUGUUUUUGUCCUGUCCAGAAUAUUGAGUAUACAGACAUUAUUUUCCUCCAGAGAUUUUUCUGGUUCUUUUGGGAAAGCUGUAUGCUGCAAUUCAGCCAAAGAAGAAACCCCUGUGGCACAGUGCCAUGAAAGCUUCUACCUGUUUGCACUUGUUUGGAUGCUCACUGAGUACAAACGGAGGAGCUGGCCUCCCAGUGUGCUUCUCUCUCCCCUUACUUGCCUGCCCCUGCAGAAAGCAGACCACAACCAAGGGCAGUUAGAAGCCAUUUUAGACACUAACCUAAACCGUGUGAGCAACUGCAAAUGUUAAUAAUGCUUUCAUGAUGCUUCUGAGCUGAGAAAAAUUGGUGCAUCUCCUUGGCUGUCAUUGACACAUUAAAUUUGCUUUUUGCAGAACAAAACUGUAACGCACCUGGACAAGAAAGUAGAUGCAAGGUUUUCAUUUUGGCAAUUUUCAGUUGCAUUCCUGCCCAGCAGAACCAAACAGUGGGUUUAGAGGGGAAAGAUUUUUUUUUUAAUCCACUUCACCAUAUAGCAAAGCUGCAGAGUAUAACACUUCUUCAUUUCAAUGCUCUCUCUCAAAACCAACACAUUGAAGUGUGAAGCAAGAUUGAAGUGUCAAGAGAAGUUAAAUCUCCAAACAAGGCAGAUGAAAUACGCUAUGAGAUUAUGGGUUCUGUAGCUGUUGUUCUUUUAGAACCUUUACACUGAAAGAAAUGGCAGUGUAGACCUCUGUCUGGUUUACUGUGCUACUUAACGUAGCUGGGGGUGUCACUUCUCUCGGGUGGAUAUUCUCUGUAUGGAAACUUGCAUUUAAAGGUAUAGCAGUUCCUGCUGAUUUAGGCAAGCAAAAAUUCUGGCUAAAUCCAAGUAUCCUUAGAGAAGGUUCAUGCUGUGUAUGAACAAUGUGUAGCCUUUCCUUUGAACUGCAGUUGUCCCUGUAUUUCUGGUGCUAAUUAUCAAAAAUGCCUUGAACUUUUCUGUGUUUAAGUAAAUGUUUUGUUUGCUUAUUUCAAGGAAUAAUUACUUAAUAAUGCAUUUAGUCUAUUUAUGGAAAUAGACUAAAUUUGAGGUCUUAUAAAGAGCUCUGUAAUAGAGAUUAGAACAGUUCUUUCCAGUUGAUGGCUGUCAAGUCCUUGGACAAUUUUUUGUUAAUGUGUCUUUGAGGUGGUACCAAAGAGCCAUUGGCCGUAUCAGUACUAUGAAGUUUUACGGUUUGAAAGUUAAAAUAAACAUGAGGAUACAAUGUAGAACUUACUUCAUUUAUUUAGUUGUGAUUCCAGCCCAAACUAUAUGUGAGCUUUGUUACAGGUUAAGCUUCCAUUUAGAUAUCCCUUGUUUUUUAGGUUAGUCUCCUUUGGGAUAGGCAGGGAGUGUAAGUCCUGCAUUAGAGUAUUUUCUUUCCUCCAGUGGAGGUAUUAAUAUGGGAUGGUCUGUCAUUCCAUUUGGAGGUUUUGUGGGCUGCAUCAUUAGAGAAAGAAGACUCGUAUCAUGAGCUUGCUAACAAACACGAGUAGUGUUUAAUUCCUUACUUCACAGCAGUUUUUCCCAUGUAGUCGAGUAGCUGAUGGUUUUAUUAUCCUUUAUCUCUCAGAAAUAUUAAAAACUAUUAAGAAACUUUCUGCUAGCAACAAUCAAUCAGAAAGAAUUUGUUUCAUUUACAGACUUUAUUUGAAAGUAUUACCAAAAUAUUUGGCAACAUUCAGUACAGGUGUGUUAAUACUGUGAUUCUAGACUGGUCUCUUCAUUAAUGAAAAGUGUCAAUCGCUGAGGCCGUCCACUUUUAAAUAUGCUAAAAAAAUCUGUAUGGCUUUUAACUGGAAGUGUUUGGUUUGGUUUCUUCUCUGCACUUAAUGCAAGUUUUUCCAUCUUUCAAUAGCUUGGUGUCCUGACUCGUGUCUGAAUUCUGUGAUUUUGUUUUGCUGCUGCCUCUAAGUACAUGACAUUUCAGCAGUACCACCUUGGACUGAGUUGCCUGUCUUUUAGCAAACAUGGCACUGAUUACAGCUGUGGUUUUUUUCAUCCUCAUUUACUUUUUGGUGUGUUUUAGGUUUGGGUUGUUUUCUCUGUGUGAUACAAGGGCAUUUGUCCAGGUUGAAAGUGAUUUGUGGAGCUGUGGAGUGCUGAUGGCAGAAUGUUGUUCUGCAUUUCUCCUAGUUACAGCUUCACUGGCCUCUUAUGUUGCAGUAUGGCUAAAAAACUUCAUUGGAUACAAAAACAUAAAUGCUAUGAGGGGGCAGACUGCAGGUAUAGCAUCUGUACGGUCUCCAGUGUUGGCUUCAGAAAACACCAGGAUGCAGAUCUCUCAGCUUGUAAUUAUUUCCAUGCUCUAAGCAGCUUCCCUAGGCAUUGGUCUGACAUUGGUCCUUGGAAUUGUUUGUGCUGCCCUUGGCCGCGUUAGAUUACCGAGCACAAGCACUGAGACACCCAUUCCCAAGGUUUUUAGCACAAGGCUGGAAACAUCCAUGGAGUUCUCCCUGUAAAAUUAAGAGGUCUUACCCUGCUUCCUUUGAAAACAAAGGCAAAACCCCUCAGUCUUCACUGGGACCACAACUCAGCUCAGUAGUAGGACCUGAAUAUCAUUUUGUACUGUAACAGAAACAGCCACUUCAGCCCUUCCUGGAUGCUGUUCAUCUUAAAUGUACAGUAAAUAAAAAACAAUAUUAUAUGUAGGGAUAAGUCACAUCUGUUCCUGCUCCUGAGACAGCCAUUUCCCAGGAUGAGUAUUGCAUACACUGUACAAAAGCAAGCUGUGAUUCUGCCUUCUUAUACACCCUUUGAGUAUUCUCCUUUUGUCAAAAAUAUCUAUGCAGAUAUUUUAAAUAGAAGCAUGAUAUAUUGAAUAUAUAUUUUUUUAAUUUGUUGAAUUGGGUAGGGGUGGGCAUUGUAUGAAAAGACUGUAGGGAGAAGAGAUCAAAUGAGACUAAGCCAGCCCUGCCAUGCAAAUCUAUUCCCUUCCAAACGCCUUCUGAGAGGAGAAGGAAAAAAUUAACAAUAGCUAGGAGAAAGCAAAUCAGUGAUUUUUCUUUUUCAUCCCUUUUAAGUUAAAAAGGCAUCUUGCUCAUUAUCAUUACGCAGGCUGAGCAUUCUUCUCUUUUAUAUACAUAUGUCUAUAUAUGUAUGUAUAGAUGUGUGUGUGUAUAUACACAGACACAUAUAUAUAUAUUUGUACUGCUGUCUUAAAUUAAUAGGGUGCAGCUGUAAAUAAGAUAGCUGAGUAGUAGUUGUUCAGGAAUUCCUGUUCAGCUUUAGUAAUUUAUUGGCUAACGGAAGUCAAACGUGCAAAAUCCUUUGUUGGAAAACUCCAAAUUUGAUUUCUUGUUUUGUUUUCCACCUGGACUUGUAAAUACAAAAGAAAAAAUGUAGGACUGAUUUAAUGUCCAAUUUAAACUGGGCUGUUGCCACUUUCCCUGUUUUUGUAUGUACUGUAGAUUAGUGUGUGUCUGUGUUAACUGUAGUGGGGUUUUGUCUGACAAGCCUGGAAUUUAUACUUUGAAAUAAAACUACUGGGUUUUUAACAGUUUGAGUCAUUUGUGCUUAGUUCCUGACACCUCAGUAGGCAACUCUCUCAAAAAAGAGCCCAGAGCCCAUGCUCCUCCUCAUUACAGGUGUUACCACUUGCUCAAGCUAGAUUGAGCAGCAGGAGUUUGGCCCUUGGUCAUUCGCAGGAAGUCAGCUGCAUAGUGCUGCCCUCACAGAACCAAAAAAACCAAAGCAAGGCUGUAACUUCUGCAAAGUUGUCUUCCAUGCAUUUCUGCAAAGUGUGGACAGACAGAAUAAAGUGACUUGCACCCCACAGUUGCCCCAAAUGAAUACAGGAAUGCAAAUCCAGAUGCUGGUGCUGCUCUCCUUGCCCUCCAAGAUGCUGGGUUUGAUCUCUGAAGCAAUGAUCAUUCUUUCAGCAAGAUGCAAUGGAUAAAGUACCGGAGUUUUUCAGAGCACCCUUCAAGCAUGGGGGCCCACUCACCUGGCCAGGGAGCAGCUGCUGUGCUCAGCACGAAGUGCAUCACUCUGAUUAUUAUCAGGCAUAAUGAAAUCAGGAUUAAUAAAAGCGUGUUUCAGCGCAGGCAUCAUGAAGGACUCUGCCUCCUACCCAGCUGCUUUAAGGGUAGAGGCCAGGAACAGCAACUUGUUUUGGACCAAUAAACAGCUGGACUAGAAGGCAGUCUGGGAAAAUUUACUUCUUGGACCCAGCUACCAAAUUGUAGAGAACUCAAAGUCCUUAGAACAUGGAGUUACUGACAUGCCUACCCUGAGUUAGUGCUGAGCCCGUACUUCAAGGGCAUAUAAUUAAUUUGUGAUGGUAAUAAUUAGUUUCCAUGCACUUACUAAAAUUUUCUUCAAGUCACUGACCAGAAGAUGAUGGACUCGUGUGAAGUGAUGCCUCAGCACAAUCCCACUUGAAAGUCCUGAGUUUCUCAAACUGCCUAUUUAGACUAAGAGGUAUAUGGAUGGCACAUAGUGCAGAACCUAUGUUUUAUCAUCAAAUACAGCUUAGCUACUCUGCUCAAGCACUGCAGUAAUUGUAGUUCCUGCUAAGUAAAGCAAAGUGAGAAUGUGAACGUGUGAACUCACUUUGCUGCAGGGUAGCUCUGGCACACACUCCAUAGUAGGUCUGGAAAGAAGUGCUACAGCCCCAGAGAAGAAUGUACCAAGAGCAAAGUCCAUUUCUGCACACCACUGCUGCUUCUGCUAAGGAAACUGAAAAAACCCAGCAGUCAGCUGAGAAUCAAAUGUGAGCCAGCAGCACUGUCCAAAGGACAGCAAAGGACUGCUAUUGGUUUGUCCUGAAGUACUGUGCAGUCUGGCCUAGGCAGGCUGAUAAGACCUUGCCCAGGUGUCUCCUGCUACAGAGAGAGGAUGCUGUGACAGACUGUGGCCCCUGUUAGACCUGGGGCUGUAGAGGGUAUGACCACUAGAACUAGGAGGGAUGAGUUUGCUACUGAAUUUCAGAAAAGGGGGAUGGGAAAGCAUGUGCAAGCUUGCAUUUAGAUGUGACAAUUCUGACCGUCCUCCUGAGAGGAAUCAUUUCCUCUAGGCAUUGACUGAAGAGGAUUUUUUCAUUAUGGCAAGAGAGAUUUUAUCACAACCACCUCCCACUUCCAUCUUCCCAACUAGUCCCUCUAGCCAAAUCUAGAAACAAGAGUCAGAAGACACAGGACUUGGAAAAAACCUGGAAGCAGGGUACAAAAAAGGUGGCAACUUCUGCCACAAAUCCUCUGCUUAGAGUAUACCUUCCUUUUUUUUAUUCCAAGUGGGGUCUGGGGAAGGAAAUAAGAUACUCAAAGAGACCUUUAAAUUCAUGCAGCUGCCUGUCAGUUCUUUUGCACCUGCCUACAGGGCCAUGCAACCCUAUCAAAGCCUCCUCUGGUCCCUGAUGCAGCUGUGCAGGGAAGAGGAGUUGGACCCAGCUGCUGUGGUCAGGACUGGCAAAUGAAUCCUGGCUUGCCUGGCAAUAAAGGAAGCACAAAGGACAGCACAGCAAGAGGAAUGCAGCGGCCUUUAGCAGCACAACCAUAGGCAAAAAAACAGUCACAGUCACAUGGAUUGGAGUCCUAAGACUCACAUAAAUAGUAAAAUAAAUACUUUACUAUUUAGUGUUUAUUUAGUAAGUAAAUACAGAAAGGGACUCUCAAAAAUGGAGCUGUUUUCCCACAACUCAGGGUUGGAGCAUAAAGCAGGUCAUACCUUAGAGUAGGAUGCUCAAGGUGAGAGAAAGGCAGAGCUGCCAUUUCCAGGCCUAUUUGUCAUGUCAUGGACAGGCCACAGGUGCCACACAGCUCCACACCCUCCAGGUGGAAGCAUCUAGCUGUGCCCUGGGUAGAGAACACUGUUCAACUGCAGUAAUCCAUUGGAAAUGUCCUGGUUCCUGGGACCAACUCUUAAACAGUACUUCUCCAUUUGUAUUUUUAUAUAAAACUGUGCAAAAAAGCACCUACCUCCUACCUCAGCAAACAAAUUACUUCAGUCCCUUCAUGGACUUUUCAUCAACAACAGCUUUGCUGUAACUUCUGGUCUCCCUCUUCCCUUGGCAAAAAUCACCCUUACUGUGACAGCCAAAUAUUUAGGUAGAACCUCACCCAUAUUGCAGUAACAUGCUCCCUUCCCCAUCACACAAGCUAAACUCUAGAGGCUUCAUUAAAACCUCACACUGUUCAUCCUUCUUCACCUUCCUAAGACAGGGCAGUGCUGUGCACUAUUUAGCUUGGACCAUUCAAAGACAUGAGGAAAGAGCUGUUUAUUUUGUUUUACUUAAUUAUACAUAGAACAUCUAGCACAAAACAGCCCAGUGACUCAAUUUCUCGAUGUAAAUACAGGUAACUAAGAGUAAUGUGCACAGCCCCGGCCCUCACAGCCAUUUCACUGUCACAUUCCCCUGUCACAUCCGAGAGUGCAGGCAAAGAUGGCACCAAGCAACUGCAUUCCAAGGGCUCAUCCAUUCCAAGAGAGAGAUCCCUUGUAAGAGAUCCAUUGCAUCACAUUUCUGUCCCUGCAGCCUGGGGUGGGGGCACUUCCAAAGCAUCAGGCUGCUUCCCUUCAUCCUCUUUUGCAGCCUGACAUUGCCAGAUGCUUUGGCCACACAAAGCAAGUCUUGACACUGAAUGCCACUGAAAGCCACAUCCUGUACAGAACAAACUGAUCUGACAUGGAGAACACACGCUUGAUGGGAAGCAACUUGCAGCACACUACUCAGACAAAAGGCAGACAUCAAACCAGCACUAAGAUAAGGCCUUCAUGGCCCAAAGCAUGGCCAACCAUGCUUGGCCCAGCCCUGGAGACAGGUCCCAUGUUGCUACUGGAAACAGAUCACUCCCACUGGUGGCAUUGCUCCUCACUCCUGCUCUUGGAACAGCUGUGAUGAUGGCUCAGAUCAACAGAAAGCAGUGCCACCUGCUUCUCAUCAAUCCUAGUCAGAAGAAGGGCCACCCAAACAGCUCAGAAGAAAGGAACAUGCCUUGGGCUACAGUGAAGCAGCCAGUAUCAAUACAAAGUGCCUAGCAGGCAGGACAUGGGAAGGCAGGUAUAAGGCACAGGGAUGUGGACAUUCAGGUUGAUUUAUUACACAAGAAUAAAAUUUCCAUUAAAAAAAAAAUCAUCCACUUGUGGAUACUGACGCUAGUUUUACAGGAUC